CAGGGGCGGACUGACCAUUUGGAAACUCGGGCACUGCCCGAGGGCCCGGGGUCAGUAGGGGGCCCCAUGAGAUGCCCCUGGUACUUUUUUCAUAGGCUUUUUUGAGUUUGGGCAAGGACACAGGGGCCCUAUGAUCCCCUAUUGCCCGGGGGCCCCAUGAGCUGUCAGUCCGCCCCUGAAUGUGACAUAAUUACCGGACCUUCCCCCGCUCUCCAUCCUGAAGGAUCCUAUUUGCCCGAGGGCCCGGGGUCAGUAGGGGGCCCCAUGAAAUGCCCCUGGUACCUUUUUCAUAGGCUUUUUUUUUGAGUUUUUGCAAGGACACAGGGGCCCCAUGAUCCCUAUUGCCUGGGGGCCCCAU